GGAUUUUCAACUGCUCAAAAAUCACAAACACAACAACAACAUUUUCUGAUAAUUUUCUCUCUCUAGAUUACUCUCUCACUCCUUCACUACCAUUUCUAGGGUUUACAAUUCAAUCGUUCGCACCAUCCACAAAUCCUUUCGGUACACUCUCAUCACAUCUGUUUCCAAUUUAGGGUUUCAACUUUCAAGCAAUCGCAACUUCUGUUUAGUUACGGUGAUUAUUCAGUCCUACAUUUGAUUAUUAUUCUUGGAAAUAUAGUUGGACUGUGUACUUCUAAAUAGACGAUGCGCUGAUUGUUUUCGUUGACCGGUAUUUGGGUUCUCAAUGCGUUGAUCAUUUUCGUUGAUCGGUAGUUGAGUGUUGAUAAGGAGGAAGUGUUGGUUGACUAAACGAUGGACUUUGCAAGGCGUUGGUGUAAAAAGUUGAAACCGAAAGAUAAACCAAAGUCUUCACCGAAAAAGGAAGGUAGAAGUAAUGGGAAGGAAGGAUUACGAGUAACGAGUGAUGAAGCACCUUCAAAUGCUACUAAGCAGAAGGUUGAAGCUGCUAAGCAAUAUAUAGAAAAACAUUACAAGGAGCAGAUGAAGAAUCUUAAUGAGCGACGGGAACGGCGUAAUGUUCUUGAGAAGAAACUAGCGGAUUCAGAAGUCUCCGAAGAAGAGCAAAACAAUUUACUUAAACAUCUGGAGAAAAAAGAGACGGAAUAUAUGCGCCUUCAGAGGCAUAAAAUGGGUGCCGAUGAUUUUGAGCCAUUAACAAUGAUAGGAAAAGGUGCAUUUGGAGAGGUUAGAAUAUGUAGGGAGAAGACUACCGGCAAUGUGUAUGCAAUGAAAAAACUUAAGAAGUCUGAAAUGCUUCGUAGAGGACAGGUUGAACAUGUGAAAGCAGAAAGAAAUCUACUUGCAGAAGUUGACAGUAAUUGCAUUGUUAAACUUUAUUGUUCGUUUCAAGAUGAGGAAUAUCUUUACCUAAUAAUGGAAUAUUUACCUGGUGGAGAUAUGAUGACUUUACUUAUGCGAAAAGAUACGUUAACUGAAGACGAAGCUAGGUUUUAUGUCGGAGAAACUGUUUUGGCAAUCGAAUCGAUUCACAAACAUAACUAUAUUCAUAGGGAUAUUAAACCUGAUAACUUGCUGCUUGAUAAAUUCGGGCACAUGAAACUAUCAGAUUUUGGAUUAUGUAAACCGUUAGACUGCACUAAUCUUCAGGAAAAGGAUUUCACUGCUGCAAAGAACUUAAGUGGGGCCCUUCAAAGUGACGGACGCCCUGCUGUACCGAGACGCACUCAACAGGAGCAACUGCAGCAUUGGCAGAGAAAUAGGAGGAUGCUGGCUUAUUCGACUGUUGGUACGCCUGAUUAUAUUGCUCCUGAAGUUUUGCUGAAGAAAGGAUAUGGAAUGGAAUGUGAUUGGUGGUCUCUUGGGGCUAUUAUGUAUGAGAUGCUUGUUGGUUACCCGCCCUUUUAUUCAGACGAACCCAUGUCUACUUGUAGAAAGAUAGUGAACUGGAGAACUCAUUUAAAGUUUCCAGAAGAGGCAAAACUGUCUCCCGAGGCAAAAGAUUUAAUCUGUAAACUUCUAUGCAAUGUUGAAAAAAGGCUCGGAACCAAAGGAGCUCAUGAAAUAAAGGCACAUCCAUGGUUCAAGGGUAUAGAAUGGGAAAAGUUGUAUCAAAUGGAAGCUGCGUUUAUUCCCGAAGUUAAUGGCGAGCUGGAUACCCAAAAUUUUGAGAAGUUUGAAGAGGGUGAAAACCAAAUUCCUUCCACAACAAAAUCGGGGCCUUGGAGAAAGAUGCUUUCUUCUAAGGAUGUCAACUUCAUGGGGUACACAUAUAAGAACUUCGAAAUUGUAAAUGAACAUGAGGUUCCAGGAAUCGCUGAGUUGAAGAAGAAGAAUACAAAACCGAAGAGGCCAACAGUGAAGUCACUUUUUAAAGAAGAAACAGAUUCGGCUUCCUCUCAACAAACUCAAGGAAGCUUUCUAAACCUCCUACCCCGCCAACUAGAAGUCUCGGAGGAAAAAGAGUCGUCUUCAUGAAUCAUUACUGAUCUGUUCAUAAACAGUCACAUAGCCAUAGUUUAAAAAAUUAAUCAAAAUCAAAAGCAAUGUGUUCUUUGCAUCUGGACAGCUUUUAAUUAAGUGUGGGUAAAUACCAAAUGAAAGAUGGGCUUGCAGUUUGUUCAAUUCGCAGACGAAAAUGAUUUGUUUGAAAUUCGGGGUUUUUUUUUUCUUCCGGUUUUCGGGUCUUUUGUAAAUUGGUUUCUUGGAUUGUGUAUAUCUGAUUUAGUUUUACUCUCAUGUAAUUGGUGUGUAACUUAUACAAUUGUCAAAGUAACAUUUAUUGGGUCUUAUUGCU